AUGGUAACGCGCGCUCAAGCCGGUGUGUUCAAGCCGAACCCGCGCUACGCCCAUACUGCUUCGACCUCGCCGGAUAUCUCGCCAAUCCCACGCUCCAUUCAGGUCGCCAUGCGCGAUCCGAAUUGGCUCGGCGCCAUGCGUGAAGAGUUCGCUGCUCUGGUUGGCAACCGCACCUGGGAGCUGGUUCCGCGUCCGCCUCGAGCUCACCUCAUCACCGGCAAGUGGGUGUUCCGGCACAAGACCCGCGCCAACGGCUCCCUCGAGCGCUACAAAGCGCGGUGGGUGGUGAACGGCUUCACGCAGCGCGCCGGCAUCGACUACGGCCAGACCUUCUCCCCCGUCGUCAAGCCGGCCACCAUUCGCACUGUGCUCACCAUCGCUGCGUCUCGCCGGUGGCCCGUGCAUCAGCUCGACGUGAACAACGCAUUUCUCCACGGCACACUUGAUAAGGAGGCACCGUGCGCCUGGUUCCUUCGCUUCGCCAACUUCGUGAAGACCAUCGGCUUCGUGCCGACGCGCUCCGAUUCAUCGUUGUUCAUGUACGUCCGCGGCGCCGACAUGGCCUACCUCCUUCUGUACGUCGAUGACAUGGUGCGCACUGCCUCAUCCACAACACUACUUCAACGGGUCAUCGCGAGGCUCAUGGGCGAGUUCGCCAAGAAGGACCUCGGCGCCCUUCACUUCUUCCUGGUCAUCCAUGUCAAGCGCACGUCAGCCGGCUUCUUCCUCUCGCAGCAGCAGUACGCGGAAGAUGUGCUGGAACGUGCCGCCAUGGACAACUGCCGCUCAGCUCCUACGCCGGUGAACACCCAGGCCAAGCUGCCCGCUGCUGACGGUCUGCGCGUCGCUAAUCCGUCCUCCUAUCGCAGCAUCGCCGGUGCACUCCAGUACCUUACAAUCACGCGACCGGAGCUAGCCUACACCGUCCAGCAAAUCUGCUUGCACAUGCAUGAUCCCCGUGAGUGCCACGCCGGGUUGAUCAAGCGUGCGCUGCGCUACGUCCGCGGCACCGUCGACAUGGGGCUGCACAUCCAUGCCUCACCUCAGCUAGACGUUCGUGUCUACACCGACGCGGACUGGGCCGGGUGCCCCGACACCUGGCGCUCUACUUCCGGCUAUUGCAUCUAUUUGGGUGAUGCGCUGGUGUCCUGGUCGUCCAAACGCCAGGCCACUGUCUCGCGCUCCAGCGCCGAGGCGGAGUACCGCGGCGUUGCCAACGCCGUUGCUGAAAGCUCUGGCAGCUUCUUGGGGAGCUGCGCUGUCCCAUAUCCAAGGCCACACUCGUCUACUGCGACAACAUAUCUGCUGUCUACAUGUCUGUGA